UGUAGAGAGAAGAUAAGAUUCCUCUGAGAAGCAGCAGAGUGUCAGUACAUGUUCCUCACAGCAGAGACCAUGGAGAAACGGAUAAACAUGAGAGGACGUGAUGAAAAUUAUGUCAACGGUCAGCACUUAAGCCUGAAUGAUUUGAAACAGAAAGUUCCUCUGGGACACUCAUACCUCUCCAAGAAAAACAUCCCAGAAUACCCCCAGCCAGAGUUCCAUGUUUCUCAUCUGAAACAUGACACAGACCAAGAGGGGUUACGUGGCAUCAGGAGGGACGAAGGCUUCGGGGUUCCACACAACGGCUCCAGGGAUCCACACGGAGGCAUCCUGCAGUGGUGGAGUCUGGCUGUGGGUCCUGAGGAGGUGAAGGCAGCUGAGAAGAGGCUCCUGCAGCAGAAAUUCUCCGACCUUACAGAGGAUCAGGCUGCCAUGCAUCCCAGCUUCCUCUAUAAGUUUACCACCUCUCCAGCCUUCUCAGAGAAGUCCAGGCUGGGCUCGUACCGCUUCACAUUCCCCCUGGAGGAGGUGCUGGAGGCCUACCGCCUGCAGUUUUGUUCUGGGGAUCAGCCGGUCAUGCGGGUGUACGAAACUGUCCUGCACAGACAGGAAGUGCAGCACGCUGUGUUGGUCCACAGUCCAGCCAAUCAGGAGCUCUUCUCCGAGUAUCCUCUGCUGACUGACGACCCGAACGCCGUCUGUGUUUACAAAGAUGGCCGCUUCAUCUGGAGGCCGUACGCCAUAAGUGAGACACACCGGUAUGAGCUGGUGGAAAGACCUGAAAUAAACCAGAUGGAAGCUCAGAAGGAUAGUUUCCCACAGUUUUAUAUUUGGGAUAACGUCGCCGUCGCCCUGCAUGUGGACAAACAGACGCUGAUGUUUGAUGCUGAUCAGCUGAGAAAGAACCUCAAGUUCUGCCCUCAAGGCAAACCAGCAUUUGGGAUUUUCGAUAGUUUCGAGGAAGCUAAAAACCAGGUUAAACUUUUGUGGCCGGACUGUGACUCCCCACUGGAGGAGGAGUGUUCACUAGAGCAGCGUUUCACAGACCUCAGACUGGUUCUUGUUGGGAGGACUGGAUCAGGGAAGAGCUCCAGUGGGAACAUCAUACUGGGAACAGACGCCUUCAGUGCUGGUGGUGCUGCUGCAGAGAACACUCAGUGCUGUCUGCAGACGAAUAAGGUGUUCAACUGGGAGGUGACCAUCGUCGACACUCCUGGACUCUCAGAAACAAUGGAAAGACAGACGGAAAUCUUAAAAUGCAUCGACAUGUUGGCCCCGGAGCCCCACGCCUUCCUGCUGGUCAUCAAGGUGGGAACCCUCACCGAUGAAGAACAAGACACCGUGAGGCAGAUGGAGGAGAUCUUUGGAAAGAACGUCUGGAGGCACACCAUCAUAGUCCUCACCCACGACGACCAGCCGGAGACAGAUGUUCAGAUUCUGGAUAGAACCAAAACUGAGCUGAAGAAGAUUCUGCCCUGUCGUGUGGAAGACAGAUACUACGUCCUCAACAACAAACAGCAGGUCUGGGAUCUGCUGGACAAGGUGGCUGCUGAAAAUAGGAGGAAGGUAUACUCUAUUGAGUACGGAGUCAUCCAGGUGCCAGACCUCAGACUGGUUCUUGUUGGGAGGACUGGAUCAGGAAAGAGCUCCAGUGGAAACAUCAUACUGAGAAAAGAUGCCUUCAGUGCUGGUGGUGCUGCUGCCAGUCCAUCCUCAGGGAAUGCUCAGUGCUGUCUGCAGAUGAAGAAGGUGUUUGACUGUGAGGUGACAGUUGUAGACACUCCUGGACUCUCAGAAACACCUGAAGCAAAGACAGAGAUCAGGAGAUGCGUCGACAUGUUGGCCCCGGGGCCUCACGCCUUCCUGCUGGUCAUCAAGUUGGAGACCCCCCUCGAUGAAAAACAAGACACCAUGAGGCAGAUGGAGGAGAUCUUUGGAAAGAACGUCUGGUGGCAUACCAUCGUCCUUUUCACCCGCUAUGACCAGACAGAGAAAGACAUUCAGUUUGGGAAGCUUAUCCCUGAUGCCGAGCUGAAGGAGAUCCUGCCCCAGAGAGUCGUAGAAAGAUGCUACAUCCUGAACAUCGACCCCAACAACAUCCAGCAGGGCGUGGGUUUGUUGGAGAAGGUGGAAAAGAUGGUUGUUGCAAACAGAGGGAAGUUCUACUCUGUCCAGGGCAGAGCCAGAAAAAGGAAGAUCACAGAAGUGGAUGGUGCGAUUACAGAUUGAAGAAAAAUCUUUUU